CACCUUGGCUCCCGCCGGACGCAGUUUCCACACGUACUGGCGAGCUGCGGCCCGGCAACUGAGUGGCUGCCUUCUGCGGAGUGGGCAGCCUGGUGGUGGGAGACGGAGAAGAGUGGAAACCGACAGUUCUUCCUCCAUAUCUUCCCCUCCAGCGGGACGACCCCAAGCUGCGGCACGUACUUCCGGCGUCUCUAGGUGGACGAUUAGAAAGCGCGAAGGCCUUUGGAGACGCGGCGACAGUUCCUCCCGCCUCCCAGACACGGCCUCUGACUUCCGAGAGGACAGCCACUCACCGCAAAUUCUCCUCCGGCCGGAGACCGGCCGCCCAGUUCCUAGCAAGAUGGGCAGCUCUCAAAAAAGACACAAACAGCUGAAGGAUGGAUACCAUUGCAUAUAUUAAAAGCAUGUUGAAAGAAAAAUAAGGAAACCAGGACUGUCAGUAUGAAUCAGUCUAGAUCUAGAUCAGGUGAUGGUGGUGAAGAAACUUCAUCUCAAGGGCAUAAUCAUCGUGAAAAUGAGAGAAGAUGGCAGCAAGAGCGUCUCCACAGAGAAGAAGCCUAUUACCAGUUUAUUAAUGAACUCAACGAUGAAGACUAUCGACUAAUGAGAGAUCAUAAUCUUUUAGGCACCCCUGGAGAAAUAACAUCAGAAGAACUGCAACAACGAUUAGAUGGAGUGAAGGAACAACUAGCAUCACAGCCUGACUUGAGAAAUGGGACAAAUAACAGAGACUCAGAAGUCCCUAGAGAAAGUUCAAAUGAAGAUUCUCUGCUAGAAUGGUUGAACACCUUUCGUCGCACAGGAAAUGCAACUCGAAGUGGACAAAAUGGAAACCAAACUUGGAGAGCUGUGAGUCGAACAAAUCCGAACAGUGGAGAGUUUCGGUUUAGUCUGGAAAUCCACAUAAAUCAUGAGAAUAGAGGAUUUGAAAUUAAUGGAGAAGAUUAUUCAGGCAUUCCACUUUCAGAUUUUAGCAGGGAUCGUACUAGCAAUAGGCAAGAAAGAUCAACUAGUCCUGUGGCUAGGCGAACAAGAAGCCAAACUUCCAUGGAUUUCAGUGGUAGUAGUUCCAACAUUACAAGGACAAGGCUUGGUUCAAGGGGGCAGAAUUUAGUCGAAGGAUCACUUUCAACACUGGGAAGGUUAAGGAAUAGAAUUGGGCGGGCAGUUGGCAUUCCUAGAACUAGUGCUUCACGUGCUAAUUUUAGUAAUCACACAAACCAAUCAGGUGGUAGUGAACUCAGGCAAAGGGAGGGGCAGAGAUUUGGAGCAGCACAUGUUUGGGAAAAUGGGGCUAGAACUAACGUUACAGUGAGAAAUACAAACCAAAGAUUAGAGCCAAUAAGAUUACGGUCUGCUUUCAGUAGUCGAAGCCGUUCACCAAUUCAGAGACAGAGUGGCACUGUUUAUCAUAAUUCCCAAAGGGAAAGUAGACCUUUACAGCAAACCAUUAGAAGGUCUGUGAGGAGGAGAGGUAUAACUCGGGUCUUUGUAGAACAAGAUAGAGAACGCAGAGGUACUGCAAGUGCCCCAUUCUCUAAUUCAAGACUUGUGUCAAGAAUAACAGUAGAAGAAGGAGAAGAAUCCAGCAGAUCCUCAACUGCUGUACGACGACAUCCAACAAUCACACUGGAUCUUCAAGUGAGAAGGAUUCGUCCUGGAGAAAAUAGAGAUCGGGAUAGUAUUGCAAAUAGAACCCGCUCUAGAGUAGGGCUAGCAGAAAAUACAGUCACUGUUGAAAGCAAUAGUGGGGGCUUUCGCCGAACUAUUUCUCGAUUAGAACGGUCAGGCAUUCGAACCUAUGUUAGUACCAUAACAGUUCCUCUUCGGAGAAUUUCUGAGAAUGAGCUUGUUGAGCCAUCCUCAGUGGCUCUUCGGUCUAUUUUAAGGCAGAUCAUGACUGGGUUUGGAGAACUGAGUUCUUUAAUGGAGGCUGAGUCUGAGUCAGAAAUUCAGAGAAAUGGUCAGCAUUUACCAGAGAUGCACUCAGAACUGAGUAACUUAGGUACAGUUAAUGAAAGCAGCCAGCACAGUGAAGGUUUCUCUCAAGACAGGCAAGCCCAAGAAGACAGCACUGAAAUGCAAGCUGAAAAUGAGACAACCCAGCCUCAGACUCAAAACAGUGACAGUAGAGGUGGCAGGCAGUUGCGAAAUUCAAACAACUUAGUUGAAACCGGAACACUACCUAUUCUUCGCCUUGCUCAUUUCUUUUUACUGAACGAAGGUGAUGAUGAUGAUCGAAUUCGUGGUUUAACCAAAGAGCAGAUAGAUAAUCUUUCCACACGGAACUAUGAGCAUAAUGGUAUUGAUAGUGAACUAGGUAAAAUCUGUAGUGUUUGUAUCAGUGACUAUGUAACUGGAAACAAGCUCAGGCAAUUACCUUGCAUGCAUGAAUUUCACAUUCAUUGUAUUGACCGAUGGCUCUCAGAGAAUUGCACUUGUCCAAUAUGUCGGCAGCCUGUUUUAGGAUCCGGCAUAGCAAAUAAUGGGUGAAAUGAUGGGAUCUAUUCAAAUAUUGUAUUUUAAUAGAGAUGAAUAUUCAAGCAUUCUUUUGUUGAGUUAUUUGUGAUGAGCUAACCAGGAUGAAAAAUAACAGAUUAUAGUUUGAACUAUUUUUUGUGUGCUUUUUUAACUUGUUAAAAAGAGGAAAUUUAUAUGAAAUUUAAAAUGCAAAUGUUAAAUUAUCCAAAAGUCCAGAAUAGUUAAUAUUGCUAGAACCAAAUAACCUUUAAAAUGUUUUUAUUUUGGUAAUUUUGUCAUGCUAAGCACUUUUGUAUCUGCACAAUUCAGUAAGUUGAAAAUCAGUCUUAUUGUUAAUACUACAGCAGACUUUUCUUGGAUUUUCAAGUUUCAUAGGCUUAGUACUAAGUCAAGAUACUAGUGUCUAAGCCUUUGAAAGAAUGUUUGGCUGAAUGUUUGCUAGAUUUAUUUAAGUUACUUGAAAUGAUAAUUUAAUACACAGUAUACCGUGUGUGUGUGUAUAUAUAUAGAGAGAGAUAUAUAGAUAUAUAAUUUUAAGAUUAAAAUGUCCAGUCUAAAAACUACAAGUUUGAUUCUUAUUUAAGCUUUUGGGCCAAUACUACAUGUGGCACAAUGUUUACUGUUGACAGGAUCAUCUCUGAGAGGAUUAAGAUAUAAUUCUGAAGUAGAAAUAAUUUACUGAAGCGUCUCUGACAAUCUUGACUUACUAGACAGCAAGCAAUAUGUAAUACUGAAUAAGUAUUUCUUUAUUCAGGAAUGGGACAUGGAAAAUUUAGGACUUAUAGAUUAUUUAAGUUGAGUUCAGCCUUUUUGUGACUUUUUUGAAAGUGCAAAUAAUUCUUUGGAUUAAGUAGGGUACACAAGAUGCAUGGUUUCUCAAAUUUAGUUCUAAAAAAAAAUCUAUUAUAAAGAAUCAAAUGCAUAGAUAAUAUGUUAAGUUUACUUGGAGGCCAAAAAAACUCCAAAGAAAAAAAAGAAGAAACCUUAAGAGAAUGUAGAGUUUCUAUAAAUACAAAGUAUGCAUUGAAGAUCUAUUUCUACCAAUAAAUAUUUGAACAAAGACUGAAUGUGAAUUAUUUUUUUCUAUUGCUCCACUAUAGCUUAUUCACCCCCAAAAUAUUUAUUUCAUACUGGGUGCCAAGCAGGUGUUGAGGAUUCUUCAACUGUCAGGUAGACAUAAGUCCCUGUCUUCAUGGAAAAGACAUGUUUGCUCUUAGAAGUUAAAGAUCAAUUGAUAACAUAAAUUACUGUUCUUACUUUCAUGUUUACUUAUGAACAAAUGUUAGAUGAUAAAACUUGUCUCUUGAUUGUAGUGGCAAAUGGUGAGAUCAUUUUCAUGUUUCAGGAGGAUGACUUUAUUACAGCAAACAGAACACACGAUGGAAUAGAGAGAAAUGAGAAGCAAAGAAACCAAUAAAGGAACUAUUGUAAUAAGACAUCAUUAUCAUUUUUAUUACCAGGUGUCAUCAACAUUAUCAGUUACCUAACAGGGUGAUGACAGUGAAACUGGAAGAAAAGAGAAGGGUGUAAAAAUGUUCUUGAUCUCUAGUUCAGUAUGAAGAGAUAGAGAAUCAUUCACAGAGGAAGAGAGAACUACCUGAGUGGAGGAGGAGGCACUGAUACAAAUCAGUUACAAAGAAUGCCAAUUUAAGGGGUGUGGUGGUGCAUACUUGUAGUGCUGGCUACUCAGGAGGCUGACAGGAAUAUCAUUUGAGCAUAAGAGUUGGAGACUAGCCUGGGCAACAUAGUGAGACCCUGUCUCAUUUUUUUUUAAAAGUAUGUAAAUUACUUAAUUUAUACAUCUCUCCCAUGAAUUUCAGUGUUACCAUUUAUCCCUAAUAUGAUGGAAGCAUAAAUCCAGCAUUUAGGGGCUGGGGAGAUAACUCAGUCGG